GAAACGUUUCCGAUCGCCUGAUAAUACACAAACCUAAAAAAUUGCACCUUUUGUCAAAAUGUAUCUGUCACCGCCGAACGUAUCGUCUUCCUACUCGCUUACACAGGGACAUUUGUUAGUGGAGUUCUUUUGUACGAGAACUUUUGGGUCAACAUUUGGUAGAAACAACACUCACAAAACAAGAUGCCGUUCGUGAAGGUGCAGAAGAACAAGGCUUACUACAAGCGCUUGCAGACCAAGUACCGCCGCCGCCGCGAGGGUAAGACCGACUACCAUGCCCGUCGCAAGAUGGUCGCUCAGGACAAAAACAAGUACAACACCCCGAAGUACCGCUUGGUGUGCCGCAUCACCAACAAGAAGAUGAUCUGCCAGAUUGUCUACGCCACCAUUCAGGGUGACAAGGUUUUGUGCCAGGCUAUGUCUUCCGAACUCGGCAAGUACGGCGUCCCGUGCGGCCACACUAACUACGCCGCCGGCUACGCUACCGGUAUACAACUUCGCUUGACAUUUUUGUGUUUUUACCUAAUCUAGGAAAUUUAGAAUCGGAAGCAGUUUAGGUAGUGGCUCUGUUGCAUGGAAGAGAGUGAGUUCGGAUACUGGCCAGAGCAGUGUGGCUCUUGUGAAUUAGUUUCAUGGUUACUUAUGGGGUGCACUGAAGGUUCUUUCUGUGCUAUCGUCGCGGCCGCAGAUACCAAUGCGGAACACAUGAUAGUCUGGUAAAAAAACACUAAAACCAUAUCAGGUCUGUUGAUCGCUCGCCGUGCCCUGGAUAUCGUCGGACUGGCAGACUCCAUUGAGGGUGUUGAAGAGUGCACCGCCGAGGAAUUCCACGUCGAAGAGGAAGACAACGAGCGCCGCCCGUUCAAGUGCAUCCUGGAUGUCGGCCUCAUCCGCACCAUUCCGGGUACAUAUUUUUUUUUUCUUUACAGCGUAGGUGACGGCGUGGUGCAUAUUUGUAUUUCUUGCACCAAUCCGAAUCCGCGGUUUAGGAAAAGAAUAUCGCUAGACUUGUCGGUAGUUUCGUUUAGGAAUUGUUCCUGUUUCCUGCGUGCUGACGGUAGGACAAGAAUUUAUGUUCCUCAAAAAACCAAUUCCAGGUUCCCGCGUGUUCGGUAUGCUGAAGGGCGCCGUCGACGGUGGCCUGCACGUGCCCCACUCCGUUUCCAAGUUCCCGGGCUACAAGGAGCCGGAAGAGAAGGGUCAGGACUACGAGUACGAUGCCCCGGCGCACUUGGAGCGCAUCUUGGGCAACCACGUCUCCGAGUACAUGGAGAUGCUGUCCGAGGAGGAUCCGGAACGUACUUGAUUUUGCGAUUAACUCUUCUCGAUUUAAUACUUCUUUUCGACAUUUCACGUCAACAGAUGUGUCUCGGUUUUUUUUUGCAUGAGUUGUUUGGAAGAGAAUGAGAACUUUUGCUAUUGGAGAUGAGAGAGUGCAAGAACAUAAAGAUAGUGUAUACACACGGAUUUUCCGACUCACCAGCGAAAACACGCCCUUUCCAAACACUAAAAACAGGUUACAAGGUCGCUUUUUCCGCGUUCAUUGAGAACGACAUUGAGGCGGACGGCCUGGAGGACUUGUACAAGGAGUGCCACACCAAGAUUCGCGAGGACCCGAAGUUCGUGAAGAAGGAGAGCGCGGGUAUCACCAACACGCGCAAGGGAAACACCAUCGAAACCUCCAAGGGAACUAGCUACACCCGCUGCAUCAAGCGGUCCAACGCCCAGCGCAAGGACCGCGUCAAGCAGAAGCUGGCCAUAUCGCGAGGAAAAAUGCCCCCACCCCCGAAGUUCGGAGCAUUUGUAUUGCAAACCUUUCCAAAUGAAACAUUCGCCCUACUGCAUCUAUCAGCAUCACAGAUUUCCGAUCGUGAAUAGCAAAAAUUUGUAUUGCAAAAGAUCCCAGCAAAAGCGGCGCUUGUCAUGCAAGCGCUGCGACACACGCCUAGACCUUGCCUCAGAAAGGUUCAUACUCCUUUCAUGCAUGACAAAAAGUUUUCAUUUGGAAACUUUGCAUCACAAAUCCUUGCUACAAUUUCAGGGGUGGGGGGCACUUUUCACUGUAAUAGGCCACCGCUCGCACCAAGCUCAUGGCCGAGAUGGGUGACGCCGAAGAGGAGGAAGAGGAAGAAUAAGCUUGUCUGAUUCAUCAUCUGUCCUGAUGAGAACCUUCGUGUUGUUUCGGAAUGUUGUCCAAUCUUCGGUAGUUAUGCGUGUGGAAUUUUAAUACACAAUACGAAGCCGACGAAUUGUUCCUUUGUGGGAUAAGAGUGAUGUUACCGGGUUUGAAGGCAAGCCUUUCCGAUUUGAAGGGAAUCAUGGAUUCAUACUGAACUUCUACCAAACCUGACCAUGUUGACACAAAACCAGAGUGCUGCGUACUUAGACUCCAACUAAAAA